AUGGAUCUGGUGCUGAGAAAAUACCUUCUCCAUGUGGCUCUGAUGAGUGUUCUUCUGGCUGUAGGGGCCACAGAAGGACCCAGAGACAGGGACUGGCUUGGUGUCUCAAGGCAGCUCAGAAUUAAAGCUUGGAACAGACAGCUGUAUCCAGAGUGGACAGAAAGCCAGGGGCCUGACUGCUGGAGAGGUGGCCACGUAUCCCUGAAGGUCAGCAAUGAUGGGCCUACACUGAUUGGGGCAAAUGCCUCCUUCUCUGUUGCCUUGCACUUUCCUAAAAGCCAAAAGGUGUUGCCUGAUGGGCAGGUCAUCUGGGCCAACAACACCAUCAUCAAUGGGAGCCAGGUGUGGGGAGGACAGCUGGUAUAUCCCCAGGAACCUGAUGAUACCUGCAUCUUCCCCGAUGGUGGGGCCUGCCCUUCUGGCCCUUUAUCUCAGAAAAGAUGCUUUGUUUAUGUCUGGAAGACCUGGGACCAAUACUGGCAAGUUCUGGGGGGCCCAGUGUCUGGAUUCAGCAUUGGGACAGACAAGGCCGUGCUGGGCACACAUAACAUGGAAGUGACUGUCUACCACCGCCGGGGGUCCCAGAGCUAUGUGCCCCUCGCUCACUCCAGUUCAACCUUCACCAUUACUGACCAGGUGCCCUUCUCCGUGAGUGUGUCUCAGCUGCAGGCCUUGGAUGGAAGGAACAAGCGCUUCCUGAGAAAGCAGCCUCUGACCUUUGCCCUCCAGCUCCAUGAUCCCAGUGGCUAUUUGGCUGGGGCUGACCUUUCCUACACCUGGGACUUUGGUGACAGUACAGGGACCCUGAUCUCUCGGGCACUCAUGGCCACUCACACUUACCUAGAGUCUGGCCCAGUCACUGCACAGGUGGUGCUGCAGGCUGCCAUUCCUCUCACCUCCUGUGGCUUCUCUCCAGUUCCAGGCACCACAGAUAGGCAUGUGACAACUGCAGAGGCCCCUGGAAGCACAGCUGGCCAAGUACCUACUACAGAAGUCAUAGGCACCACACCUGGCCAGGUGCCAACUGCAGAGGCCCCUGGCACCACAGUCGGGUGGGUGCCAACCACAGAGGGUGUAGGUACCACACCUGAGCAGGUGGCAACCUCCGAAGUCUUAAGUACCACACCAGCAGAGAUGCCAACUGCAAAGGGUACAGGUAGGACACCUGAAGUGUCAACUACAGAGCCCUCUGGAGCCACGGUUACAUGGGGAACAACUCCAGAGCUGGUGGAGACCACAGCUGGAGAGGUGUCCACUCCUGAGCCUGCGGGUUCAAAUACCAGCCCAUUCAUGCCUACAGAAGGUACUGCAGGCUCCCUGAGCCCCCUGCCGGAUGACACCUUAGUCCUGGUGAAGCGCCAAGCCCCCCUGGAUUGUGUUCUGUAUCGCUAUGGCUCCUUUUCCCUCACCCUGGACAUUGUCCAGGGUAUUGAGAGUGCUGAGAUCCUACAGGCUGUGUCAUCCAGCGAAGGAGACGCAUUUGAGCUGACUGUGUCUUGCCAAGGCGGGCUACCCAAGGAAGCCUGCAUGGACAUCUCAUCGCCAGGGUGUCAGCCGCCUGCCCAGCGGCUGUGUCAGCCUGUGCCCCCCAGCCCAGCCUGCCAGCUGGUUUUGCACCAGGUUCUGAAGGGUGGCUCAGGGACCUACUGCCUCAAUGUGUCUUUGGCUGAUGCCAAUAGCCUGGCUAUGGUCAGCACCCAGCUUGUCAUGCCUGGGCAAGAAGCAGGCCUCAGGCCGGCUCCUCUGUUUGUGGGCAUCUUGCUGGUGUUGACAGCUUUGUUGCUUGCAUCUCUGAUAUACAGGCGAAGACUUAUGAAGCAAGGCUCAGCAGUCCCCCUUCCCCAGCUGCCACACGGUAGAACCCAGUGGCUACGUCUGCCCUGGGUCUUCCGCUCUUGCCCCAUUGGUGAGAGCAAACCUCUCCUCAGUGGGCAGCAGGUCUGA